AUGGAUCAAGUACAAUCUCUCGUCGUCGAUAACGGAUCUGGUAUGUGUAAGGCCGGUUUCGCUGGUGAAGACGCACCUCGUUGUGUAUUCCCUUCUUUGAUUGGUAGACCAAAGCAACGUUCCAUCAUGGUUGGUAUGGGUAACAAGGAUGCCUAUGUUGGUGAUGAAGCAAUGUCGAAGAAAGGUAUUCUUGCAUUGAAAUAUCCUAUCGAGCAUGGUAUUGUCACUAAUUGGGAUGAUAUGGAAAAGAUUUGGCAUCACACCUUCUACAAUGAAUUGAGAGCUGCUCCUGAGGAACAUCCAGUCUUACUCACUGAAGCUCCAUUGAAUCCAAAGGCCAACAGAGAGAAGAUGACUCAAAUCAUGUUUGAUACUUUCUCUGUUCCAGCCAUGUACGUUGCUAUUCAAGCAGUAUUGUCCUUGUAUGCCUCUGGUCGUACCACUGGUAUUGUCUUGGACUCUGGCGAUGGUGUUUCUCACACUGAGGAUUUUUAA